GUUUGCAUUUUAGAUAUUAUAUGGUAAAAUUAGCCGAGCAACCAAGAUGAGCACGGAAACCCUCAGCCGCGAUGAAAUUCUCCUACUGUUCGAUGUGGAUGGUACGCUAACAAUGCCCCGGUCGGUGGUGCAGCCGGAAUUUGAAGAGUUCCUCUACGCAGAGGUUAAACCUCGGGCGACGAUUGGAAUUGUUGGCGGGUCUGAUCUGGAGAAAAUGUUCGAGCAGCUUAGCGGCAAGAAGAUUCUUACGAAAUUCGAUUUUAUAUUCCCCGAGAACGGGCUGGUGCAAAUCGAAGGUGGCGCCGAAGUUGGAAAGCAAAACAUAAUCCAGCAUUUGGGAGAGCCAGUGCUAAAGCGAUUCAUAAACUAUGUUCUUCGAUACCUAUCCGAGCUAGAUGUUCCCAUUAAACGUGGUACGUUCAUUGAAUUCCGCAAUGGAAUGAUGAACGUCUGCCCAAUCGGUCGGCAGUGCACUCGAGAGGAGAGGAACAUGUUUGCCCUAUAUGACAUCGAACAUAAGAUCCGGGAGAAGAUGAUCGCCGCGCUUAAAAAGGAGUUCGCCGAUGUGGACCUCACCUACAGCAUAGGCGGACAAAUCAGUUUCGAUGUCUUUCCCCAUGGCUGGGACAAAACGUAUUGCCUUCGACACAUUGAAGCCCAUUAUAAAUAUAAGGAAAUACAUUUCUUCGGUGACAAGACGGAACCAGGUGGCAACGACUAUGAAAUUUAUACCGAUCCACGAAUUAUUGGGCACAAGGUGAACACUCCACACGAUACAAAGCGUAUACUUACGGAGAUUCUGAAACUAUAAGCACAUCUGCAGAUCGCUUAUAAGAUAAGCAAUUAUUGAUCAAUAUUCCAUUGUAUAUAUGUAUGAUUAAAGCAAAAGUUGAAAUAUA